AUGUCGAGGCUGGGAAGGUCGUCCGACGGCUCCGGGCCGGAGUCGACCCCAUCCGGUGUAUCCUCGCCAUGCGCGCGAGCGACUUCCGGCCGGAAUUCGCCGACACGCGCGUCGUCGAGCACGCCGUCGACCCCAUUCCGGGCGCCCGAGUCGAGCUCGACCGGAAACUCUCGAACCUCCGAAACCGCCCGCGUGACGAGACGGGCGCCCCUGCGCAUCUCCCAGGGCGGCGAGGACGACACCGCCGCGUGUUCCCCGUCGCCCGAGGCCCUCUUGGCCGCGAUGUCGGAACACGACGACACCCGCGACGUGUUCAUCGACGCCGAGGCGCUCGCGGAGGACGUUGCCGCGCCAGGCGAGGGAGGAGAGCAGCCUCGGGACGAUGAUGAGACGACGCGCGACGUGAAAAAUACCUUCGACGACGACGAAGACGAAGACGAAGACGAAGACCCCGUCGUGGACGCGGACACCGAGCGCGGGCUCCUGUGCGCCUCGAGGGAAUCGUCCCUCCAUCUCUCUCGCGCCCCCCGCGUCCACGACGCGUUCGACUACGAGCCGCGCUUUGACGGUCCCGAGGACCUCGACGACUCGGCCGACGACUCGGCCGACGACGACGACGACGGGGAUGUCCCUCGCCGAGCGUUCGCGACGGGAGCUCACGCCGGCGACGUCAGCGACGUCAGCGAUGUCAGCGAUGUCAGCGACAUCGGCCACGUCAGCGACGAACGCGACGAACGCGACGAACGCGGCGAACGAUUGGCUUUGACCCCGCUCCACGACGACGACCGGCUCGUCGAACGCGACGACGAUCGGCUGGACGCCGGGAGCGAAUUUCGGAGCGUGGGCGUCGGCGCGAGCGUGUCCGACGUCUUCGACGUCGACGACGAAAACCUUUGGCUCGCGUACUCGCCCACGCAGGGGACGUCGUCCCACCCAAAUCCCACGGGUUCGGUGGACGACGAAGACGGAGCGGACCCGAGCGGACCGGAGUGGGCGGGGCCGACGUCGCCCCUCGCAAACCCCAACCGCCGAGCGAGACCACGACGACGGGGGGUCCCCGAGGGGCGACGCGACGUGCCGAUCGGGGACGGGCGACGGUGGGGCGCGAGGCCGACGUCGUCGGACGGCGACGGCGACGGCGACGGCGACGGCGGCGACGGCGGCGGCUUCUUCUUCGACGAGGAGGAGGAGGACGCUCCCCGUCGCGCCCGCGGCCGUCGGUCGCGGACCCGGACGCUGAGGUUCACCGGCGAGGCGCUCGCCGGCGUGCAGGUGCAGGUCGAGGUGGCGAACGUCGAGGUCGACGAGCGCGCCUGCGGCGAGGACAGCGACGAGGAGGCGGAGGCGGUGGUGGCUGCGGUGCGCCGGUGGCAGGAUCCGUGGCGGCGGCAUCGCGACGCGACCGCCCCGGCGCGGAGCACGUACUCGACCACCGCGGCGCACCCGCUGCACCCCAUCGUCGGCGUCGCCGACCCGACCGCGUUCGACGGCACGACGGAUCCCGCGAGGGAGGAUCCCGCGGCGGCGGCGAUGCGGCGAACGAUGUGGCGCAGGGACGACGACGCGGACGCAAUCGACGACGACGACGACGAGAUUCGGGGAACGCCGUUUGGGGAAUUUAGUGCGGCGGUCGACGACGACGAGCCCGCGCAUCCUCGCAGGGACGAUGGACGCGGCCUUCCGGCGAUGGACGCGGACAUUCGCGACGCGGCGAGGGCCAUCGAGGAGGCGCGGCGCGUGUUGGAUCGCGAGUUGACGUCAUCCGCGGGUGGGUACGAAGACGCUAUGGACGAAGCCGUCGACGCGGCUUUCGCGCGAGCCGAGGAGACUUUGGCUCGGACGGAGGAGACGGCUGCGGCGUUGAGCCCGGGGGCGUUGAGCCCGGGCGGGGUCGCGGGAGGGGGAACCGGCGGUCCGUGCCGGUCGGCCGGGCGACCGGGCAAGGACAAGGUGGACGGCGGCGGUGACGACGAGGUUGGGGGGGAAAUCUCGCGUCGCGCGGGUGUGGACGUGAGCACGGAUAGCGCCUUUGACGGGGGCGGCGCGGGCGGCGCCGGGUCCGCGGCGGUGUUCAGGUCCCGUUCGCUUGAGUCUACGCCGCCCGCGGCGCCCGCAUCGGACCUCUCGAGCGCUUCUUCGGCGGCUUCGCCGGCUGGCGGCGCGUCCGGCGGCGCCAACGUCGCGACUCUGGCGAGGAGGUCGUCGUCCAAGAAGCGUAUCGAGAUGCCGCCCUCCGCCGUCGCCGGGCACGAUCGUCCCUCGACGCGGCUGCACUCCCCCGCCGCGAAGAGCAGGCCGACGUCGCGCGAGGCGAGGUUCGGAUCACCCGCGCGGGAACGCGGCGGCGCCCACCUCGGCGCUCACCCCGGCGCCCACCCCGGCGCCCACCCCGGCGCGUCCGCCGCGUCGGCUUUCGCGAGCGCGUUUGGCCUCGGCGGCUACGGUUUCGACCCGACGGACCCGUCGCUCGCUCACAACGGAGGGACGUGCCCGAGGGGUGUCGCGGACCUGGUGAUGAGUCGCGAGAGUCGGCUCGUCGGCGCGCUUCGAGGCGAGAUUCGCCGCGCCAGGGAGGAGCGCAUGGAGCUGGAGGCUCGAUGCCAGGGUUUGCAACUCAGGAGUUCCGCCGCGGAGUGGGAGCGAGACAGGUUGCGGUCGCACGUCGAGGAGUUGGAGCGGUCGCUCGAGCAGCACAGGCGAGCGCUGCGCCGCGAGGUGACCACGCGGGUCAAGGUUGGGCUGGACUACGGGGACUUUCGGGGCGGUCGGCACGUCGGUUCGGACGGUAGCGUUGUCGGGUCGGAGCACGCGCAUCACCGCGCGCCGCUGUUCCCGCAGGAGGUGCUGCAGGCUGUCGUCAGGGGCGCGGUGGACCAGAGCGUCGAGUGCGCCCUGGGCACCGGCCACGGCGGACCGGUCGGGCACGGCGCCGCCCUCGUCGACCGAGCGUCGGGCGGCGGCGGGGACCGACGCGUCGGGGGCGGUCUCUCCCGGUCCUCGAUUUCCCGGGCCAUCGACGACGACGCCGACUCGGCGCAAACGUUGCCAGCCGCGUCGCCCCCGUAUCCCGCGCCAUUCGUGCCGGCUUCGGAUCUCGACCUCGACGCCGGGGCGACACAGCUGGCGGGUGGGGACGUCGUCGAAUUCGCGGCGCGCGCGCCCGACGCCGGAGUCCUGGAGGACGCGUCGCACCUGUACAGCAUGGUUCGCGACGCGCUGCGAGUGCGGACCUAG